AUGGACAGCCACCCGCCAUAUCUUCCUGAAGAAAUCAUCCUAAACAUUCUCAAACGACUUCCGGUAGAAUCCUUAAUCCGAUUUCAAUGUGUGUGUAAACACUGGAAUAAUCUCAUAAAAAGUCCAUCUUUCAUUGCGGACCACCUUCAACAGUCCAGUCAUCAAAACCCUUCUCUUCUUCUCGAUUGUAAUAAUAGUUGCAGUCCUUUGCGCUGGCGCUUGCGUUUGCUGGAUUGGGGGAUGCAAGUCCGUCUAGUUCAGAAAGCACCUUUGGUCGAUUCCUUCGGGGGUGCUAGUAUCAUCGGUUCCUGCAAUGGCCUGGUUUGUGUUCAAAUCCAUCAGGAUGAUAAAUCUCCUCCUUCUCUUUCAUUGUGGAAUCCUGCCACUACAGCAGUCAGACAUGUUCCUAGACCGAGAAUUUUUUCUGACUUGGAGGAUUGCAUGACAGGAUUUGGGUUCAGUCCAAUUGUUAAUGAUUAUAAGAUAGUAAGAACUUAUUCGAAGUUUUACUAUGAAGUUGAUCGAGCGGAAGUAUUUUCGUUAAGUAGAGGGUCAUGGAAGCGAAUAGAUAGUGGGAACUUAAAGGCAGUGAGACUUAAUUCUGAAGCUGUCACGACUAAUGGAGCCAUAUUUUGGUCUGGGGUAAAGUUAGAUGCAGUGAAGAUGGUGUUGAGGUGA